AGCAGUGACAAAUAUGGUGCGUUCAGGGCCUUUCGCGUCUCUGUAUCUGUGAGUACAUGCCAGAGUACACGUGCCUCAGCCUCUCUCGUGUCAGUCCAUGCUGCCUCAGUAAGCUUCGGACGUUGCAUGACUCCUCUUCCUGUUUGCAUUACUAAUUGAAAAAAAUAUUUAUUAAAGAGAAAAUUAUCGAAAUAUUUUAUGUUAACUGUUUUUACAUUUAAAGGUUUUUUUUACAAAAACAAAACAUAACGUAUAUUAUCGCUCGUAAGAGAAUCUCCACGAGCUGUUUUGACUCCCCACCAAUCAGAGCAGAGAAGCAGCAAAGCCCCGCCCCUUGUUCCCAGGCCGUUCUCUGGAGCUUCUGGAACAUUUUGUUUACGAGGCUCUACUGUUCUAUGUUCAACGUACCUUAGAGAACAAAACGAGGAAGAAAACAAGACGAAAAAUAAGGUCGGGCGCUUAACUUAGAGGUUAGAGUUAAAGUAAUGAAAGAUAAACACGUUCUCAUUCCAUGCUUUCUUUCGACAAAGAAGAAGUUAUGGAUAUUUGCAACGGUAGGAAGAGGAGAAAGGUAAGCGGGGCAGCGCGCGGCUGCAGGCAGACUGUGGUCAAGAAGAUGAGGAGGGAGGCUUGUAAAGUCCUCCGCUCUCUAACGGUAGGGAACAAUAACAACAAAAAACACCAACUCGAGACAACGGAGGAAGAGGAUGAAGAGCAGGACGACGAAGAAGAGCACAGCUUUUGUGUCAGUUUCUUGUCGAACGGGCGACUGAAGGCCGGAGUCUCCCCAGUUGCAUCCCCCAGAUACAACCUUAUUCGGGAAGUCGGCCGAGGAAGCUACGGUGUUGUGUUUGAGGCCAUAGCACGGACUACUGGUGCCACAGUGGCCGUAAAAAGACUCCAAUGCGACGCUCCUGAGAACGUGGAGCUGGCCUUGGCCGAGUUCUGGGCUCUAACGAGCUUGGAGAACCGGCACCAGAACGUGGUCCAGCUGGAGGAGUGUGUCCUCCAGAGAAACGGGCUGGCCCAGAAGAUGAGUCACGGUAAUAAGAAGUCAAAACAGUACCUGCGACUGGUGGAGACGUCACUCAAAGGAGAACGCAUUCUGGGUCACCCUCAGGAACCAUGCUACCUCUGGUUUGUCAUGGAGUUCUGUGAGGGUGGAGACCUCAACCAGUACAUCUUGUCCCGUAAGCCUGACCCUCACACCAACAGGAGCUUUAUGCGACAGCUGACGAGUGCUGUAGCAUUCCUACACAAAAACAACAUUGUCCACCGUGACCUGAAACCAGACAACAUCCUCAUCUCACAGAAAUCUGGUUCCCCUGUUCUUAAAGUUGCAGACUUUGGUCUAAGUAAAGUGUGUGCUGCCCUUAACUCCAAGAACAGUGAAGAGAACGCAGCUGAAGGAGCAGGAGGCAGAGGUGGCAACCAGAACGAUAUCAACAACAUAAACAAAUACUGGUUGUCGUCAGCUUGUGGCUCAGACUUCUACAUGGCCCCCGAAGUGUGGGAGGGUCACUACACAGCCAAGGCAGAUAUCUUUGCUCUGGGCAUCAUCAUCUGGGCAAUGAUCGAGCGGAUCACAUUCAUUGAUGCUGAGUCCAAGCGUGAACUACUGGGUACCUACAUACGUCAGGGCACAGAGAUUGUACCUGUUGGUGAGGCUCUGUUGGAAAACCCAAAGAUGGUUCUCAACAUACCUCAGAAGGCCAGGAGCUCAAUGUCUGAGGGUGUGAAGAAACUGCUUCAGGACAUGCUGGCAGUCAACCCUCAGGACAGACCAGACGCCUUCCAGCUGGAGGUGCGGGUGGAUCAGGUCACAUGUAGAGCAUGAUGGCCAUCACCGCUGUCAAACUGUUUCUUUAUUCUCUUCUGUCAACAUUGGACCUCCUCGUUACUCAGUUUUGUUUACUUCAUGGACUUGGACUUGGAUGGAAAUUAAAGGGACUUUGAAACUGAACUAUGAACGAUCACCAUCCUGUUGGUUAGAAUGUGAUGUGAUGGAUGCUGCUGAUGUCAUCCAACAGGAGUCCACAGAGCAUCGUCCUCAUCUAAUCUCUGUUACCACGGCAAUAGUCUGCUGGGAUGUUGAUACUGCUCUUCCCCUAACACCUGUUUGAUUGUGGCACAGUGUGACAUCGUAACUCUUCACUGCCCUCUCUCACACCAUAGUGCCUUCAAAGCGACCCACAAAGUGCAAUCAAAGGUUUUGGAAUGAGGACGUAACACAGGUUUGUGUGUUAGGUGUUGACCAAAAGACUUUUUGGUUUAAAAGAAAUGUCAACUUUCGGCCGUGAAGAAGUUAAAAACAAGUGUGACAACUUAGUGUUCUGAAUCUGGACUUUCUUCACACCAAAAGUGGGCAAAAUCUGACUUUUUUGCCCACACGUAACUUAUACUGAUUUUCUUUAAUAUUGGUCCAAGCAGCAUGGAUGGAGUCAGUCACAUUUAAAUCAUAAUGUGUACAACUGCACAACAGCCAUAUUCCCAACCAUGUAACCACAGGGUGGAUGCAGUCCAAGUGUUCCCAUUCUUAUGGAACUAAAGAUAAUUUGUCACAUUUUUGCUCAGGUUAAGACGUUUUUUCCAACAGUGUUUCCUGAACCAGUGCCACAGACCAGAGAAACAUGCUGCAGACAUGCUAAUUUCAGUAGAUUAUUUUAACAGAAAACAAAUGGAGGCAGGCUGGUCUUCAAUUUGGAUUCAUUGAUUAUUUCUAUAUUUCAUAGCUUUUCUUAAAUCCAAAGCUUUAGCAAAACAAAAAUCUGCCAACUGUCAACAACAGCCAAUCAGAGACCAGAAUGUGUUGAAAACAGCUGAAACGUCAAGAUACAGAGACUUCUGUGAUGAUACAGGAAAGAACGAACACAGGCUAAAGAAAUCCUGGUCUGGUCUUCACUCCGUGUCACUUCUCACAUAUGUUCUAGCGGUACACAGUGGUCGGGGCUAACCCUGGUGAAUGGCAGUGUGACCACCACUGUUGUGUGACCACACACGGACUCCAGAUCAGUUGACCACCUGUGGUGUAGUGUGUCUCGCAGCUUUAAAGUUAUUUUGACCAAGAAGACAUUUGACAGUGUUUGUUAGACUAACAGGUUUGAAUGUUGUUUGAACUUUUACAGUGAGAAUGAUUAUAACAUUUUAGAAUUAGAAUAUUUGAUCGACCUUUUUAGUUUUUCGGGUUUCUGUUGUUGUGAUACAAAUAAAAGGUCACUCUGAGAGAACAGUGUGACACCUGCACAGUAUUGAGCCAUCUGGACCUACUUUUUUAUUAAGUGUCUGAUUGAAGGGACUUUUACAGGAAAUUUGAAGAUUUGCCAUCUGGACGUAAUCCGCCAAAAGUACUCGUGGAAUACCCACCCUUAUUGCCCCCGCCCCUCCCCUUUAGUCAAAUGUCUUUUCAGUGGCAUGUUGCUGUGUACAACACACUGAAGCACUGUUCACUGCAUGUGAUGUUUUAAAUAUGUGAUAUUUAACCAUCACCUUCCAGAGGUUUGACAGAACCAUUGAGCUGUGUCUUAGGUCGAGGUCAGAUACAAUACAAUACAGAAAAUCAUUUCUAAACACAAACUUGAAGUGGUGUAUAGACAACAACAAGCUGAGUCACAAUGCAGUGGUCACCAGUUAGUGUUAUAACAGAUGGUCCAGCAAUGGAUGAUCUGCACGUACUCGACAUCUGGAUCUUUGCGUUGUUUUUUAUAUAGUUAUAUAUUUUGAUAUCAAACCUGGACCUCUGAUUUGCAGCAGAACUAAAUGCUGUGUUUAAAGAAGGCUGACAUGGAAUUGAGAAACAGAUGAACAACUAAAUACAAAUAAUUAUGCAAUAUAUAUAUAAUUGUGCAAAAUAAUUCAAAACAAAACUGUCACUCAGGGCUGUCACUUUUGAUCUUGAGUUCUGAAGUACUGUUCUGAGAGUGACUAAUGUACUUUUAACACUCCUCUGUCUUAGUGUGAAUUCUGUAAAAUAAGAUGGUGGAACUGGUUUGAUGAGUAGCAGGGAAACAUCCUUGUCCUCAUAUGUUGACUAGACAAGACAUUGAUGUCUAAAAAGUGGCAUUGGAAGUCAUAACAAAAAAGGGAUUUUAGUUUAGUACAGGAAUUGUAAAAUCUCUAUUCCAUGUUAAUCCCUCUGUGCCUGCACCUACUGCUCACUUACUCUCCUCCACUGUUUCCACAACCUCAGAACAAGAAGCAGGUGUGGCUGUUGUUAGCAAUAGUGUUUGAAGUGUGACAAUACUCUUCUCCUUUCCUUUCCUCUAACAGUUCAUGCCUUUGUACCUGAGAUCCAAACAGCCAGGAAGUACCAGUAGAUUUACAAACUAUUUAAGUGUAUCACUUAAAUUUGUUUAAGUACAGUACAUCAUUUACAGCGUAGUGUAGCAUCUACAAAUGUAACUUUAAUGUCUUACAUGUAGAAGAAGAUGAAGUGUCAGUGUCAUGUGGUCCUACCUCAUCCCCAGCUCCACAACAGUCUCAGUAAAACCUCACUUCACUUUGCUAAAGUGGGAUAUUUUUUUACCUCAAACUCUUUGAAUCCCUAACCUGCGUCUGACUUACUUGACUCUGUGCGGUUUAAUGAACUAAAACCUAGCUAAGCUAACGCUUCAGGAAACAACCAAAUCUCCUGUGCACAGCACACGUGGACCUAACGUACGUCUUCCUCUUGUGCACAGUGCAAAGUUAAAGCAAAUGUUUCCAUUCUUCACACACACAGUUUCUCACUGUCACUUGUAAACUGCCUUUUACUUCAUAACUUUUGCUACAUGGUUCCCAUUGUUUCUCAUUCAGUUAACCUUUUUGGUAUGUGAAAUCUAUCUAAAAAAUAAUUUAAAAAACUCAGUAUGACAUUGUGAUGUUCAUUAGCUAGCAGGUCAUUCAGGUUUUAUAGUUUGGUCCUGCUAACCUUGGUGGUCCCUGCACUGUACCUUCAUAUUUGAGCCAUGUGUUCUGCUCCCAGCUUGUAUUGAUUCCACUUGAAAACUCUUGACACUAUGCAAACUCCUUCACUGUAAACACUGCCUAUACAGUUGAAAAUGUGUUCUUUAAAUAAACAGUGAACCAUAUCAGAA